GAAGUAUUAGAACGAACACCUUCACGAAGGGAGUAUUAGAACGAAAACCUCCACGAAAGGGAGUAUUAGUAUCACUUUCACGAAGGAGUAUUAGAACGAACACCUCCACGAAGGGAGAAUUAGAACGAAAACCUCCAUGA